AUGGCUUCAACGAGCGAGGGCAAGCACUCCUUGCACCCGGCCGACUACUUUGUGGACGAAGCCCUCGAGGACAUUUACAAGCGCUACGAUGACUACGCGCAGCUGCGGACGACCGCCGAGGAGCGGGCGACCGAGCUGGCUGACAUGCAGGCCCUGGUGCAGAGCCAAGCGGCUAUGCGAGAGGAACUUGCCCACGAAAAGGCCCGCGCCGACGCCGCGGUUGCCCGCCAGAACGAGCUCGCCGACCAGGUCGCUGCACUGGAGAGCUCGGCGUCGGCGUCGGGCGCGUCGACCAGCGAGGCUACCAAGCAGCUCGCUGAGCUGCAGCAGUGGAAGCGGGCAACGCUGCGGUCAAUGGCGUCGCUGCAGGAGGAGCUGGCUAGCGCGCAGCAGGCGGUACUGGAUGUGCAAGCCGAGCUCGAGGCCGAGCGCCGUGCCCACGCCGAGCUGGCAGCUGACCGCGAUGUCGUCUCCACGCUCAAGGCACAGGUGAAGGACGCCGUGGCUGCGGCAUCGAGUGCCAAGCUUGAGGCCGAGAAGCUCCAGUCCGAGCGCAGCGCACUCGCGCGUAAGAUUAGCGAUCUCGAGGACGAGCUUGGGCACGCGCCCGGACGGACAUCGUCGCUUGGCAGCGGAGGGCGUGGCGAGGCCGUGGCUGACGAGCUCGCAGCGCUCGGUGAGUCGUACUCUGACGUGAUGGGCAACAAGCUCAAGGCUGCGGCGGCCGAGAACGCACAGCUUGUGGCCGACAUUGCGGCAGCCAAGGAUGCCGAGAAGCAGGCCAAGGCAGAAGCGGCUGCUGCGACAGCGGCUGCUGCUGACAUGACGGCCAAGGUCAAGGCCAACGAGGCCGCGGUGGCUUCCGAGCGUGAGCAGCUGGCGAGAAAGGAAGAGGCGUUUGAGACCAUUGUGGAAGGGUUGCAAGCUCAGAUUGACGCGCUCAAGGGGGGGAGCGGGCGAAGCACCAGCUCGGAUGGCAACCUUGCCGCGAUGACCGCGGACGAGCUCCGCGAGCUCAACCACUCGCUCAUGGACAACCUUGCUGAGUUUGAAAAGACCAAGACCGAGCUCUCAGCGACCAAACGCAAGCUGGCUGACGUCAAGGGCCGGCUCACGGACGAGCUGGCCGAUGCCACUGCCACCGUCGACGAUUUGCAGGUCCAGCUCGAGUCGGAGCAGAUCAAGGCGCACAAGCUCAAAUCGAAAGUUGCGUCGCUCACCGCCCAGCUGGAGGCGCAGCCGGCGACUGGCGGUGCGGCCGAGUCAGGCACGCUACCGGCGCUCAGCGGAGAAAACGUCAGCGUAGGAGCCGAGGCGGUCGCGAAGCUGGAGGCCGAGCUCACAAGCGCGCGUGAGCAGAUUGCACAAUGGCAGGCAGCGCACGGCAGGGCCGAGGCUAAGCUGGAAAAGUCCAAGGCGAAGCGGGCAGCGGCGGUUAAGGAGGCACAGGCUGCACUCGACGAGUCGUCUCGGCUUGAGGCCGAGAAAAAGGCUGUUGCCGCCGAGCUUGCGGCAGCGCGCGCAGAGCUUGAUGCUGCCGCUGCUAGCGAUGCAAGCUCAGCUAGGACGAGCGGUGAGAGAGGCGCAUUAGACGCGGAAAUGGCGGCGCUGAAGGAAAAGCUGGCUGCGGCGCGCCAGAGCGAAGGAGAAGCCUGGGCUGCGGCGGCGGAUGCCAAGACGCAGGCUGCGAGUGCGGCUGGUGAGUUGGAGAGCGCAGCCGCCGAGAUCGAAGAGUGGAAGUCAUUGGCGGCUAGGGCACAAGGUGAGGCCGGAGCGGCGGCGACCCAGCUGGGGGUGACUGCCGAGAAGCUGGCAGCUGCCGAGGGCAAGAUCGAAGGUCUUGUGGCGGCUGUGGCGGCCGCGCGGGCGGAAGCAGCAGCAGCCAAGGAGCAGAGCGAGACGCGGGUGACUGCCGAGAAGCUGGCGGCUGCCGAGGGCAAGAUCGAAGGUCUUGUGGCGGCUGUGGCGGCCGCGCGGGCGGAAGCAGCAGCAGCUGCCGAGAGCAAAGCGCGGAUCCAGGAGCUGCUGGCGGCGAACAGGGAGCUUGAUGUCAAGCUGCAGUCAGCGCGAGUGGCGUUGACCGAGGCCAACCAGGCGACGGAGCGGGCGCGGCAGGAGACUCGAACAUCGGCGCAGGCACUGGCAGCCAAGACAUUUUCUGAGGCAAGUGAAGCCACGGCGCUGUCCGAGAAGAUCCGCACGUGCGAGGCUCAGCUGGCGGCUACCAAGGAGGCGCUAGAGUUCGAGCGUGCCGAGAGGGCGGCGGUAGACGCCGAGGUUGUCCGACUCGAGAGCCAAGUGGCGUCGAUGAACGCUGCGCACGAGAACGCGCUUGCACUCGAGGAGAUCCUACGCAAGAAGGAUGCCGAGAUUGUGAGCCUGGAAAAGGCGACACGGCGGACGGCCGAGAAGCUGGCGAGAGCCAAGGAGGAGCUGGCAGCCGCGGCCGAUCUGCAGGCGCAGGCGCAGACCGAAAAGUCAAAGCGGCUGGCGCUGAAGGACGUGUAUCAAGCGAGUCAGCGACGGAUUUACGAGCUGGAGGAGGCGUUGCGGCGGGGGAAAGAGCGGAGCGAGGUCAAGGAGACAGAGUUGCUGGAUAAGAGCCGGCGCAAGGUCGAGGAGCUGGUGUACGCUCUGGACGAAUCACGUGCACAGUGCGCAGCCGAGCAAGCACGCCGAGAGGCGAGCAUGAAGGCCUCGUCGCUGCUCGAGUCGCAGGUGUCGACCCUCGAGUCACAGGCCAAAACAGCGAUGGUGCAGGUGGCCGGCGCCAAGGCUGAAGCCAAGGCAGCCGCGGAGCGGGCAGAGGCAGCCGAAGCCACGUUAGCAGCGGCGCAAGCCGAUGCAGCGGCUGCCACCGAGGCCGCCGAAAAAGCCCGGGCCGAGGCUCUGGGCAGUGUCCGCGAUGCACAGCGCGAGGUUGACUUGCUGAGGGCGCAAAUUGUGCGGCAGACUGCAGCUCUGGAGGAGAGUAACGCGCGCGUUAGCCAGUUGGAGGCCGGGAUGGCGAGCGGGGACGCCCAGAUGCAGGCUCGACUUGACGAGUAUCGGUCAGCGCUGAAGGCCGCCGCUGCAGCGGCAGAUGCCGACGCGGCGGAGAUUGCGGAGCUGCGCGCGGUCAAGGACGCGCUGCUGGACAGAGUCGGGCAGGCCAAGGCCAAGCGGGCGGCGCUCAAGGCCAAGUUUGCCGAGUCGCUGGAGGAGCUUGGGGCCAAGGCCGAACUAUUUGACGCGCUUCAGGCCAAGGCCGAGAAGCUCGUGGUCAAGUACACCCAGGAGAAGGAAAAGCGGGUCGCUGUGCUCGGCGAGCUAUCAGGCAAGCAGGCCGAGCUCGAGGCGCUGCAUGCGAGCGUGGGCGAGGCUGUCGAGCGGGAGAAGAAGAAGCGGCAGACAAUGAUGCUGCAGUUUGCGCGCCAGCUUGAAGAGAAGCAAGCAGAGAUUGCGCAACUGCGGACGCAGGUCAUGACUGCCGACGUGCCGCAAGUUUCAGACGCCAAGAUCGCCGAGUUCAAUGAUGCGCUGCUCAAUCUCGAGACCAAGAACGCGUCGCUGAAGCAGGCGCUGACGACGACCAAGGCUGCGCUCGCCGAGGCCAAGGAGAGUCUCAAGGGUAUGGGCAAGGAGACGCCCAAGCUCAAGCUCCUUGUUGCGCAGAAGGACGCCGAGAUUGGCGCGCUCCGUGCGGAGCUCGAGGUGGCAAUGUCGUCUGUUGAUGCCGACGAGCUAGUGCGAGACGUGACAGUGGCGAAGAAGCGCGAAAUGCCACCGGCGCAGCGCAAGGCGUUCAUCCGGGCCAAGGAGCUCGAGCUGUCAGAGGAGGAGGCGGCGAUUGAGCGGCUGCAGGCCAAGCUGCAGGCGGCCGGGCACGACUUUGUGCGGAUGCGUGCGGCGACACGCGAGGCUCGCGACCUCGUUGCGCACGCGUUUGGACUCUUCCACUCGCUGCUCGAGGUUGUGGUGCAGGCCGACAAGGAGAAGCAGCUGGUGGAGCUGCGCGGCUCACUGGAGCGUCGUGAGAAGGACAUCGAAGUGGCGGCUGAAGCUCUGGACGCAGAUGUGAGCGACGCUGAGGCGCUGCACGCCCUGAGCAUGGCACUGGCAACGCUGCAGGACACGCUUCAGAUUGCGCAGGCAUCCGGGACCGAGUACGCUGUCAACGUGGCGCUUCGCGAGAUGGUGGCCAAAGUGCCGAUUUUUGACGGCGUGUCGGACGUGGGCUUCAUCUCGGAGCUCCUCCGCAAAAUGCAGGAGCGGAGCUUUGAGCCUGGCCAGUUUGUUAUUCGACACGGCGAGCUCGGGCACUCGAUGUUUUCGUGA